GUUCGAGUCCUGUGACGAGCGCUGAGACAUGAGCUGUGUGACAGUCUAGUUCGGGAGUCCAUCUGCAGAGCGCCUGUCUCACGGAGGGAUUUAACUUCGUCAGAGAGAACAAUGGUGUUCACCGGCGGCGGGAGCCGCUUGACGCGUUUGUCGCUCGAGCUGUCGCUGCCUUGUCUUGCGACAUUACUGCUGCUGUUGUUGCUGCAGCCUUCGGAAGCAAAGAAUUCAGAAGAUGUUAGGUGCAAAUGUAUAUGUCCACCGUAUAAAGAAAAUUUUGGACAUAUCUACAAAAAAAAUGUAUCCCAGAAAGACUGCGAUUGUCUUCAUGUGGUAGAACCCAUGCCUGUUCCAGGUCCAGAUGUGGAGGCUUACUGCUUGCGAUGUGAAUGCAAGUAUGAAGAAAGAAGCUCAGUAACCAUCAAGGCAACCAUCAUUAUCUACUUGUCAAUUCUUGGCUUGCUGCUGCUCUAUAUGGUUUACCUGACCUUGCUUGAGCCAUUCUUAAAGAGACGCCUUUUUGGACAUUCACAGAUGUUGCAGAAUGAAGAUGAUGUUGGGGACCAUCAGCCGUUUGCUAAUGCUCACGAUGUGCUCUCCCGCUCCCGAUCCCGUGCCAAUGUUCUAAACAAGGUUGAAUAUGCACAGCAGCGCUGGAAGAGGCAGGUCCAGGAGCAGCGCAAGUCUGUCUUUGAUCGCCAUGUUGUCUUAAGUUAAAUCCUUCUGAUUUCCUCUAAAGUUUGGAACCGAAUGUUUUAUGUAAUUUCUAUUAAAAGUAAUAAUUAUGAUUUUAGUCAAAAGCUAAGUAUUUAAACUUUUUCAGGGGCAGUGAGAUUGUUAAUUAUUGCAGUCCUCAGUUCUGACUUUUUUAUAUUUCAUUUUCAUUAAGUUUUUGGGCACAAUCUGAUCAAAUAAGACUUCAAAAGCUUUUCUAAAAAUGCUUAAAGUUGACAGUUAACCCUCCAGUAUUUUAAUAAAGCACAACAGUUCACUUGUUGUACUUUACUUUUACAUAUUUCAAAAACAGAGAGGUCAUUUCUCACACAUUUUGCACAUUUGGUUUAUGCAAAUAAUAUAAUUGUGGGAUAAGAUUUCUAGAUUGAUUUUUUUUUUCUUCUCUGAUUUUGUAAAUGUAUUUAUUAGUGAGACUGUAAUAUAGGUUUGUUUAAUAAUUAUUGCUAAUUCCAUAAAAUGGCAGAUAUGACCGAAACUGUAUUUCUGGUUUAGCUGUCCAGGUUGAAACUAUCAACUUACAAUUUGCUAUUAAAAGCUGUAUUGUGUCUA